AUGGAUAAGGAGAAAGAUGAAGAAUUGGAGUGGCUUGAAGCCCAGAAGAUAGAGACAAGCGUUGACUUAUUUGCUGCAGCCAAGAAACAGCUUCAAUUCCUCGAAACUGUUGAUAGGAAUCGAGGGCUUUACGAUGGUCCUGCACUUGAAAGAGCCAUCUACAGGUACAACGCUUGUUGGCUUCCUUUGCUUGCCAAAUCGGUUAGUGAAGGUCCUUUGGUCCCUCCUCUUGACUGUGAAUGGAUUUGGCAUUGCCACAGGCUUAAUCCGGUGAGGUAUAAGUCUGACUGUGAGCAAUUUUACGGGAAAGUUCUCGAUAAUUCCGGUGUUGUAUCUUCUGUUAAUGGAAACUGCAAAUCAAAAACUGAAGAUUUAUGGAAAAGAUUGUAUCCCGAGGAACCUUAUGAACUAAACUUUGAUAAGGUAGACUCAGAGGACGUCUCUGAAAAAUCUUCAAAUUUAGAGAAAUGCACCAAAUAUGAUCUAGUUUCAGCUGUAAAGAGGCAAAGCCCAUUUUACUACCAGGUUUCGAGAUCCCAUGUGAACAAUGACAUUUUUAUUCAAGAAGCUGUUGCUAGAUACAAGGGGUUUCUCUAUCUGAUUAAGAAGAACAGAGAAAGGUCUCUAAAUCGGUUUAAUGUUCCGACUUAUGAUGUUGACCUUAUCUGGCAUACACAUCAGCUCCACCCUGUCUCUUACUGUACUGAUUUGGAGAAGCUUAUUGGGAAGGUGUUGGAGCAUGAUGACACAGACUCUGACCGAGGCAAAGGUAAGAAGCUCGAUACCGGUUUUUCUAAAACUACUGCCCAAUGGGAGGACACAUUUGGCACAAGGUACUGGAAAGCUGGUGCAAUGUAUAGAGGCAAAACACCUGCACCUGUCACAACUUCACCUUAUGCUUCUAAUGUUUUGGCUCAAAAAAUAACUGAAAAUGAGGAUUCCCAGAAGUUAAUCCAGCUUCCCGAGUUGGAAGUUGUUGAGGUGCUCUUGGAGGUUAUUGGGAUUAGAAACUUACCAGAGGGACAUAAAGGAAAGCUCUCGGUAGUGUUUACGAAAACCCAACCUGAUUCUCUUUUCAAUGUUGAACGUAGACUGACCAUUUUAUCCGAGGUUGGGGAAAAACAAGUCGCUUCUUUCCAGUGUGAACCUACAGGAGAACUUUGUUUCCAACUUAUUUCAUCUUCACCUUCCAAGAUACCAGUUUCUAGGGAGCCUAAAAACUUUGGUUUUGCUUCUUUAUCACUAAAGGAGUUUCUGUUUCCAGUUGUUACUCAACUCUCUGUUGAGAAGUGGUUGGAGUUAACACCAAGUAAAGGUAAAACAGAUCCUAAACCCAUAAGCCUUCGAGUCGCUGUCUCAUUUACGCCACCAAACCGCUGUCCAUAUAUCUUACACAUGGUUCAGCCGAGACCGUCGUGCAAAGGCUCUUGCUUCUUUCCAAUCAUUGGAAAGUCCCGUCAUGCUAAAAGUUCAACCCAAAUUGUUGAUGAAACCCAAACAGAAGUGAUCAGACUCCAAAUGAGUAGUGAUGGAGCAGCUCAAAAACAAGUGAUUCGUGUGGUAAACUCUGGUGAAACUCGUGUCCUUGCUGAGUAUAAUGGCAGUUCCUGGUCUUUGUUGGACUUGGAAUGGUCACUUAAGCAAGUGAAUGCGGAUAAUCCGCUAUAUGAGCUGUUGGGUACUCGACUGGUGAAAAUUUUCUCUGGUAGAAAGCUGGAUUAUGAACCAAAACAUUGUGCAAACAAUAGAAAUGACCAAGAUUUCAUGACCCUUGUGGAAUUCUCUAAGGAACAUCCAUAUGGAAAAGCUGUGGGAUUGUUGGAUUUAAGAUUUGGUUCCAUUGAGGCAAAAGAGAAUUGGAUGGUUUUGCCUGGAAUUGUAUCUGCUUUCAUACUCAAUAAUGUUGUGAAGAAAGGAGGAUUCGAUGGCUUUAAUGCCACAACCAAAGUGGCACAACAGGAAAGCCUCAAAACUAAUGGAUUGAAAGCGGAAAGUAAACAGAUUAAACUUGUAGCUACGGUAGAAAAUAAGGUGAAGGCAAACACUGUGAAUAUGGAGACUGCAGCUGCUAUUAUAGCUCCUGAAAAAGGUAGUGGUUGUGGAGGUGGUUGUAGCGGUGAAUGCGGAAACAUGGUGAAAGCAACAGCAAACGCUAGCGGUUGCGGUAGUGGUUGUAGUGGUGAAUGCGGAGACAUGGUGAAAGCAACAGCAAACGCUAGCGGUUGCGGUAGUGGUUGUAGUGGAGAAUGUGGAGACAUGAUUAGAGCACCAAACGCAAGCGGUUGCGGCAGCAGUUGUAGUGGAGAAUGCGGUGACAUGGUGAAAGCAGCAACAAAGGCGAGUGGUUGCGGUGGCGGUGGCUGUAGCGGUGAAUGCGGGGACAUGGUAAAUGCAAAAAAGGCAAGCGGUUGCGGUGGUGGCUGUAGUGGUGAAUGCGGAGACGCAGUGGAGACGGUUGGGGUUGCCUAA